AUGAGUUGGGAGGGGGCGGCGAAGUGGGUUGUUGGGAUCAACGAGUUCUUCUCAUCGGCCGGUAUCGUCGACGUCACGAAAAAUACGACACGAAAAAGAGGUGCAACACGAGGACUUCCCAGGAGCACGCUUAAGCUGCGGAGUUCGAUGGGAUCCGGUGCAUUAGUGCUUGGUAUGAUCGCACCUGCCAAGUGUUGCGCGAUCAAUGGUUAUAUGGAUUCGACGGACACACGACUAACUUGUGAUGCGUGA